UUGAGAAGCGAGAGCAACGCGUGUGCGCAUGCGCGUUGAAAAUGAAAAAGCCGCGACUGAGACGUGUUUGAAAUUCGCAAUUCACAACUUGGCAAAAAAGAACUGUGACCGAAAUUUGAAUAUAAAUUCUACAAGUGACUGAAAGCCAAAACUAAUCAAAAUUUUAAUUUAAAUAUUCCCGAACCCAAAAAAGCAUGCGGGAAAGAAGUCAAACCACUCCUAGGCGUCGACGAGCCGGUCCCAAACAGGCGUUACCUGGUAGCUCAUCGGAGGGUGUGGGAGCCCUGGAAUCCCCCUAUUACACCAUUGACAAUACGGAAGAUAUUUAUGGAACCACUUUGCUGCCCUCUCAGCGUUGCUAUGUGGAUCCCUGGGACCUGGAGAACUAUGAUUAUGUGCGCAAGAAGAUCGAUGAUGUAACCGUGGGCCAGUUGGGCGACGAACCGACCUACGGGACCGGUCAGAACUCGCUGACCCCCAGCCCCACCUACGGAUAUGGGGCGGGUAUGUCGGCCACAAUGCCACGCCCACACACACAGACGCGUCGCGUGUCACGCGCCCAGUGCCAAUUGGAGUGCUGUGUGCCCCAGAGGAGUCGCAGGCGCAGCCGUAGUGCUCGCAAAGAGCCACUUUAUACGGCCCGGAGUGACAUCUAUGGGGUGCCCAGUCGCUAUGAGGACUACAUGGCCACCAUGACCAGGGAGCUGCACCUAAACGAUGGUGAGGAGGAAUAUGGUGAGGGGGAGGAGGUUCAGCCGGGGGAUAUCUAUGGGGAAGAGCAGCGUCAACUGUAUAAUGGCUUUGGAGGCUUCUCUAGUGCCAGCUCCACUGAGCAUCCUUCCUCGAUCGGCGAUGAGAUGACGUAUCCGGUGGCCCAGCGCAGGGCCACCACCUUGCAACGCCGCUCCGUCCCCAGCCAGGUGGCCAGGAACAUGAACCCCAUAGGCUACGGUACUGCCCCCCAUCCGAGGCGCAAGCGCAGCGGAAAGGCGGCGACUUCACAAGUCACGCCUCCGCAGAUCGACUUUCCCGCGCCGCCGCCGCUUUCUCCCGCCUACGACUACUGCAAUCCGUACGCUACACUGCCGUACUGCAGCUUACCGGAUUGCAGCGAGUGCCAGCAUCAGGCCACGUCGCUCAUAUACGCCGCCCCCUCGACCCUCUACGGAACCCUGGGCGGAGGUCAGAGGGGCGCCUCACCUCACUCCAGCGGCGAGGGCGACUCCUCGCUCUACUCGGGAAUUUACGCCCGUAAAUUCGGACUGAGCAAGAAGGGUCUUCUCCAGAUCGACUAUUCCUGCAGCUGGAACGAUCUGGAUCGGGUGAUGCAGCGCCAUUUUUGAGAUAAAAGGAUAAAAAGGGAUGCACUGACCUUGGGUGCUUGGGUUAGGGUUAGCAUGUCACGUUCGCAUCCAUUAUUUGUACUUAAGUCAUCGUUCAUACAUAGUACACUCACAAAAAAACACACAUUUACACCAGACCAAAUAACUGAGUAUGUUUUUCGUAGAUGUAUAGCUUUUCAUUAUUAUUUUUAACGAAUAAACAUUUGAAAGUCAAACUUUU